GGGCCGCGGUCGGGGCGGAGCGGAGAGGAGCCGGGGGGUGCGGCGGGGACGGGCGCCUGUUGCCCCGAGAGAGUUAACGGAGCGGGGGAACGCGCCUCUCCUCCGCCCGUGCCGGGCGCCUGGCAACCGGGGCGCCGCGCAUGUAGGGGCGCCGGGGGCUGCCACCGCCCACUCCCACCGGGCCCCCGCGUCCCCUUCCCCGCCCCGGACAAGGCGUUUAACGUGCCCAGGCGUGAAGUAUGGCAUGCAAAGAUGGUUUCUGCCAAGGAGCCAGCCAUCGCCAUGUCCUCGGGUCUCUCCAUCGCCCUCCUGCACUACCUGUGCCUGGCGACGUGUCUCACCGGGCCGCCAGGGCAGAUCAAAAAAGAGGAGAAAUUGUGGCCGGAGAAUUUCACCAGCAUCCUGAACAGCCUCCUGGAUGGCUAUGACAACCGGCUGCGACCGGGAUUCGGGGGUCCUGUUACUGAAGUCAAAACAGAUAUAUAUGUCACCAGUUUUGGACCUGUUUCUGAUGUAGAAAUGGAAUAUACAAUGGAUGUCUUCUUCCGUCAGACAUGGGUAGACAAAAGGUUAAAAUAUGAUGGCCCUAUUGAAAUUUUAAGACUUAACAACUUGAUGGUUUCAAAGGUGUGGACUCCUGACACUUUCUUCAGGAAUGGGAAAAAGUCUGUUGCACAUAAUAUGACAGCCCCAAAUAAACUCUUCAGAAUAAUGAGAAAUGGCACCAUCCUAUACACAAUGAGGCUUACAAUAAGUGCAGAGUGUCCCAUGAGAUUAGUGGAUUUUCCCAUGGAUGGUCAUGCUUGUCCUCUCAAAUUUGGGAGUUAUGCUUAUCCAAAGAGUGAAAUGAUUUAUACCUGGACAAAAGGACCUGAGAAGUCAGUGGAAGUUCCUGAGGAGUCUUCCAGUUUAGUACAGUAUGACCUUCUUGGGCAUACGGUAUCCACUGAAACCAUUAAAUCUAUUACAGGUGAAUAUGUUGUUAUGACAGUUUACUUCCACCUCAGACGAAAAAUGGGUUAUUUUAUGAUUCAGACCUAUAUCCCAUGUAUUAUGACCGUGAUCCUUUCUCAAGUUUCGUUUUGGAUAAAUAAGGAAUCUGUUCCAGCUAGAACUGUGUUUGGAAUAACUACGGUGUUGACAAUGACGACACUGAGCAUCAGUGCAAGACAUUCACUGCCAAAAGUAUCCUAUGCUACUGCCAUGGACUGGUUCAUAGCAGUCUGCUUUGCCUUUGUGUUCUCUGCUCUUAUUGAGUUUGCUGCUGUCAACUAUUUUACUAAUAUUCAAAUGGAAAAAGCCAAAAGGAAGACAGUAAAAUCCCUUCUUGAAUUUCCAGUUGCUCCACUACAAAGAAAAAGAAGUACAGAAGAGACACUCAUGAGUACAGAUGCCAACUCAAAUGUGAGGAAAAGAACAAAUGCCACAGUACAGUCCGAAGCUGAUGGUAGGAGCCGAAUUGACACAAGGCAUAGCUCCAUCCAGCCUCCCUCUGUAGCUCAGGGGUCUUCUGACAUUACACCCCAUUCCCUUUCUGCAUCAAGUCCCAACCCUUUCACACGAAUCAAUGCAUCAGAGACAUUAUCUUCUGCAAGAGCUACCCCUCCAGCUCCUCCUUCUACCCCAAUUUUAACUGGAUUUGUAUCCCAGCAUGCCACAGCUGGAUCCCCUUCCAUUCAGCGCCUGCUUGGAUCUAGACUGGAGCAGAUUCAGACCACCACUCCUAACAUGUUAGGAGGAUCUGCAAAGCCAUCUGCUGUCACACCACCUGCUCCCCCCGCCUCUCAUUCUGGCACGACUAGCAGUGAACCAUCACUUUCUUCAGACUACCCUGGCUACACAGAACUUGCCUUUGGGAGGAACAUGCACCCGAAACAAAUCAAAGGUAGAGGUGCACAGCUGUGCAGUGGAACACAUCUUGACUGCUAGGAAUAUGCAUGUUGAUUAUUUCAGAUCCCUGAGGCACCCAGCACUGCUGUCUGGACAGAGCAUUGCAUUCUUGGAGUGCAAGGUCCAUGUCCUGAAUAUUUUGACAGUGCUUGAUAGAAAAAGGACUUUCCCUGCUAGAUUUAAAUUGGCAGAAUGGGGGGAAGAAAAUGAACAGUGGAAAAAGAAAAGAGAGUCCAGCCUGGGAGAGUGCAACUCCAGAAAAGUUAUGCAAAGGAGUUGUAGAGCUCCAUAUAUUUUUACUAAGCAUUAUUUUGCAUUGCAACCUGGGAAAUUCUCACUCCAAAAUAAGAAUGAGUGAACCUUGUAAAAUCUGAAAUCUAAUGUAAUUUUCAAAAUUGGAGGUUUUGGUUUGGUAAGGUAAUCUUAAGUGUUGAUUCUUUUUUUGACCUUGUUGACCAGCUUGAGUAGCUUUAUUCCUAAAUUACAUCAGUUGUGGUAGAUGAGGACCAGGCCCACAGUCUUCAACUUUUUAUUUGAAAUUUUUGUUCUAUCUUUGGAUGCUUUGGGGUUUAGGAUCACACCCCCCUCCCUAUGUUUCAAUCACAUUCCUCUGAUUUCCUUUGAACACAUAUUCCUCCCCUCACUCCCCCCA